UGCGCAGAGGCCGCGUGGCGUGUGCGCCUCGCUCAUCCUCGGCAUGGGGCUCUUGGCUCGGGUGCUGUGGCUCCUGUCCGUGCCUUGGCUCGGGCUAGGAAAUGCGCAGGCAACUGGCAUGGUCCAGCUGCCAGGUGGGAAAUUCCUGAUGGGAACAAAUGCUCCGGAUGGCAGAGAUGGAGAAGGGCCCACCAGGGAGGUAACAGUGAAACCCUUUGCCAUCGACAUAUUUCCUGUCACCAAUCAAGAUUUCAGGGAGUUUGUCAGGGAGAAGAAGUACCGGACGGAAGCUGAGAUGUUCGGGUGGAGCUUUGUCUUUGAGGACUUUGUCUCCAGUGAGCUAAGACACAAAGCGACCCAGCAGAUGGAGUCUCUUCUCUGGUGGCGUCCAGUGGAAAAGGCAUUUUGGAGGCAGCCCGCAGGUCCCGGCUCUGGCAUCCGUGAGAGACUGGAGCUCCCCGUGGUCCACGUGAGCUGGAACGAUGCCCGUGCCUACUGUGCUUGGCGGGGGAAACGGCUGCCCACUGAGGAAGAGUGGGAGUUUGCUGCCCGAGGGGGUUUGAAGGGUCAGGUUUACCCGUGGGGGAACCAGUUCCAGCCAAACCGCACCAACCUGUGGCAGGGAUCUACGACCUCGUGGGCAACGUGUGGGAAUGGACCGCGUCACCCUACCGGGCCACUGGCCAGGACAUGCGUGUCCUGCGGGGCGCGUCCUGGAUGGACACCGCUGAUGGUUCUGCCAACCACCGGGCCCGGGUCACCACCAGGAUGGGCAACACUCCAGAUUCAGCCUCAGACAACCUGGGCUUCCGCUGUGCCUCCGGGGCAAGCCGACCACCUGGAGAGCUGUGAGCAGCCGGUGAUCCAGACACAGAGAAAAGCCCCCUGGUGCCCAGGUCAUUCCAGAGCGCAUUCCAGACCCAGCCAGACCCACACUCCUUACUGCAGCCUCAGGGACACCCUCCGCUCUCUUCCCGACUUCCACAGAGGCCCUUCUCAGGGUGGGCUCGCCCUCCGAGGACUGUCCCAUCUAUCAGAAGGGGCCUGACGGCAGGCACUGGGAGCUGGGCGGCUCCUAGGAGCUAAGUGUUCACCCUCCAGGGCCAGAUUUGAAAACUGGGGACAGAGGACUCCAAAUGCAGUUUUCAAAACAUUUGCAAAUCUGUUCCCGUCCCUUUCUCCCUGAUGCAGAGAUCUAACUUCUCAAGGCAAAAUUUCCUUAAGGCAGCUCUCCUUUCUCAGCAGACUUUUGUAGAAGGAAGAUGCUUCUUAUCUGCCUCAUCUGUAGUGUUUCCUGCCCCUUUCAAGGAGCCCCAUUUCCAGUAUCUGUAAAAAUGCAGUGGACUUUUUUUAAAAAAAUUGUAAAAUAUGCUGGGGAUUGAACCUAGGGGUGCUCCACCACUGGGCUACACCGCAGCCAUUUUUAUUUUUUAUGUUGAGACAGGGUUUCCCUAAGUUACCUAGACUGGCCUUGAACUUUACAGGUGUAUCAGUCUUGAAUAAUCUGCCAGGUGAAGCUGUGCAUUGUGGGAGUCACAAAGUAGAUAAUCCAGACGCUUCCCUCUGGUGUUGUGUGUCUGAUUGUUAAUUGUGCAGGGGCUUCCCUAUGCCGCUAAAAACGUCCCUAGCAAUGACCUGCUCCUGUGGUGUCACCAGAUGUCACCAUGUCAGUAAACUUACUGCAGUUGUGUGUCGCA